AUGUCCGUGCGAGCAAAAACCCGUGCGUGGACGAUUGAGCUCACACGUACACAUGCUUAUCUCGAGCUGGUCAAACACGGCCACACACCGGACGGGGUUUUGUUCGCCAAGGCGACAAGCGAACGACCGCGAGCUGCUCGUGUGGCCGGUAUUAUGAAAAUUCAUAACCACAAUUCCAACGCACCACACGAGAAAGUGAGAACUCGAUCGGUCGUCAGUAAGGAAGCGCAACAGGCGAACGGUACCGUCCGGGCUGUUGUCGGAGGAGGUGCGUCCGAUAAGCAGCAGCAACGACAGCAGAAGCCGAACCAACAGAAAGCAGCUGCUGCUACAUCGUCCGCUCCGGCCGCUAAUCCAAGUUCGGAGCUGGAGAACACCGCCAACCGGAAAACGUUGGAAGUCGGCAAACGGGAGAGCCGUCGACGCGGUCUGCCAAAGGAGAAGGUACAGGAGGAAGAGCAAGUGGAGGAGGAAGUUGUAAACGACGAAAGCCAGGAGGAGGAAGUGCGGGUGGAGGAAAGUGGUGGUGCACAAAAGCGGCGUCGAUUGGAGCGGUCGGCCAAGCAAGAUACUAUUCAUGCGAAUGAGGAGGAGGAACCAAACGACAAACAGCAGUGGCCCACAGUAUCAUCGGAGUUAGACAGCAACGAACAGAACGACAACGCAACCGAACGGGUGGCUGUUCGUGGUGAGGAGGAAGACGCCGAAACCGAAAGUCUGGUGGAGGACCUCAACGAGGACGACCGGACGUCCUCGUCGACGGUCUCUGCCGAGGAGACGCUCGCACAAGUGAUGGAAAGUUUCAACAAAGGUCGAAUUAGUACGAUCAAUAGCAGCAUCAAGCAAGACAAAGCGCAUUCCUCCGCAGCCUCAAUCGAUCCACUCACCAUGAAGAUGGAUGACUACCAGCAGCAGCAGCAGCAGCAUCAUCAACAAAACGACGACGUACAGAUGGAAGAUUACGAGCAGGUCGUAACCACCGUGGUAGGCGGCAGUGCCUCCGCCAGCGAUGACAUCGAGGACACAGACGGUACGCAGCCGGGCAACCGGUUGUUCCGGAAGAAGGUGAAACGAAAACUACCGGCACGACCAAACAGCAGCAGCAACAUCACCACCACUACUACCACCGUAAGCAAUAGUGGUAGCGGUGUUGGCGGUGGAAUCGUGACGUCAAGCGGCACCGGUGACAGUGCCGCCGCCGCCGCCGCCAACUGUUCGUCCAAAGCGAAGCUACAGAUGGUGCACGAGUUUCCGAUGCUCUUUCUCGGGCUGCGCCGGAACCGGAUGUUUCUGGUCAACUCGUUGGCGCAGUGGUUCGAUCUGAACCAGCGCGACAUCAUACUGACGCUGCGCAAGAUCAAGCAGAACGAGAGCAGUGUCCGGCUGGGUGGUGUGUUUGGUCUCGGGUCGACCGAGGUUGAGUUGCUGUUUCACAAAAACGUGCCUAAGAUUGCGGACUGUUUGCGCAACUUCAUCGUGUGGCCGGACGACAUUACGAUGAAGCUGAACGUACCGAUCAGCCUGCGGCAACACUUUCAACGGAUUCACCUCAUCCUGAAUUAUCUGGUGGUGCGCGUAAAGCAGAACGCCGUCCAGGAGCUGCCGGCGGAGGAGAUUGCCAACUCGUUCUGUCCGAACGAGCAGUGCCACAAGCUGAAGUACCUGGUCGCGUCCACACUCGAUGGGUGUGUGUGCUUUGUGUCGCGCGCGUUCGGUGUACAGACGGACGACGAGCAGGUCCUGAGCCAGUCCGGCUUUCUGACCAAGUUCAAGACCAACACGAACCUUAUCGCCGGCAAGAAUUUUCACAACUUUGAAGACCAACUGGCAAACGGGCACGAUCACACUAACAACAAUGGGGGCCACGGUCGGCGGAAUCGGGUCACGUCGGCAAGCAGCAGGUCCGCUGGUGGUGCGGCGGCGGAUGAUGACGAUGAUCUCGAGCGGGUACUCGGCGGCAGCAGCAGCAACAGCAAUAGUGUGGACAACUUCGAAGACAUCGUGUCGGAGAAGAUUAGCAAGAGCAAAACGUUCAAGCUGAAGAACUACAUCGAGAACAUACUGGAGAACUUUCAGAGCCAUCAGCUGCUAAGCCCGCAGACGUGUAUUGAUGCGCGGACGCUGAAGUUGCUGGACGAUAUUGUCGUGAUCGUGGGAGCGCUCAUAAAUCUGCAAAAGCAGGAGAUCGAGUAGAUCGUGCUAGGUUUGUGUGUGCAGGAG